AGCCUGAAGACACCUCCUCUACCAACCAAUCCUGAGCUCUGGGGACCAAGUUGCCUGUGGUUUGCUUAUAGAAAGAGCACAGUGCAAACUCAAACAUCUUCCUCAAAAGCUUUGUAGUAGCUGGUGGACCAUGGAGCUUCUUGUGAAUGUCAGACAAUGGAUAGAAGAAAACAGGGCAGCCUUUUUACCACCUGUGUGCAACAAGCUUAUGCAUCGAUAUCAAAUGAAUGUGAUGUUUGUUGGAGGGCCUAACGAAAGAAAGGAUUACCAUAUUGAAGAAGGAGAAGAGCUUUUUUACCAAGUGAAAGGAGACAUGUGCUUGAAGAUAAUAGAAAAUAAGAAGCAUAAAGACAUUGUCAUCAGAGAAGGGGAGAUGUUUCUCCUACCUGCCCGAAUACCUCAUUCUCCUCAAAGAUAUGCAGACACUGUAGGUCUUGUAAUUGAGAGGCAAAGACAAAAGACAGAAAUGGAUGGGCUCAGAUACUAUGUGGGAACAUCAACUAAUGUGCUCUUUGAAAGAUGGUUUCACUGUGAAGAUCUUGGCACUCAACUUGCACCAAUAAUUCAAGAAUUUUUCAAUUCCAAGCAAUAUAAAACCGGAAAACCAAAUCCAGAUGAGCUCCUGAAAGAAACACCCUUCCCACUAAAUUGCUCUUCUGUAAUGGAGCCAUUCUCCUUGCAAGGCUGGUUGAAUGAUCAUCGGGGAGAAAUAAAUCGGAAGCAAUCCUUGAGAAUGUUUGGAGAUACCUUUGAAACGGAGGUUAUAGCUUAUGGACCAGGAACAACUGAAAAAUGCAAAAAGAAUUCAGAUAUCUGGAUAUGGCAGCUGGAGGGUGCAUCUACCAUUACUGUGGAUGGCAAAACUCUGACUCUAACUGCUGGUGAUAGCCUUCUUGUCCGUGCCCAGAGUUUGUACUGCUGGAAGAGAUCUGAGGAAUGUGUUGCUCUUUAUAUUGCUCAGGAUCCAAAACGCAAGCAGCCUUAUAACUAGUUUAUGUAGCACUUGACUUUGAUGAUAAAGAAGUUUUAACCUAUUUGUCUCAUCUUAAUCAUCUUUUAGUCAGAAUGCCUGGAAAUAUGAACAAUCUAACACAAUGUGGUUACACUGGAAUUAAGUGUAAUCAAGUGCUAUGCCUUAUAAUAACUUCUUUUUCCCCAAGUAGGUAAAAAUUCAGUAAAAUCUUCAACCAGUAAUUAUGUUAAAAACCAAACAAAGCCAUACUUCUUACCUGAAAGCAACUGAAAACAGAUCCAAGUAAUGGGAUUAGACACACAGUAAUAUAAAUGAUACUAUCUAGAAUAAAUUAAAAGUUUUCAAAUGCAA